AUGAUAGAAGUAUUAUAUGAAAACCCAGACAUUGCAAAUUUUUUAGACUUCUAUCCAAAACCUUACUGAAAAGAGUGCAUUGAAGCUGCUUGUGUAUAUGGAAUUAAAAGGAUUCAUAAAAGAUUUAAAUCAAAUGCUAAUCUUAAUUAAACUUUGAGAAAAAACUCACUGUAACUACCUUUUUGCCUAACGAUUUCCGGUUGUGAAUUAGUUCGUGUUUCACGACAUCGCGAAGGCUGCUCAGACUAGACAAGGCUUACUACCAUAGUCAGAUUUAAAUCAAAUCUUAACUAUGAAACUUUGAUUAAAAUAUCAGGAAUUAAAACAAUUAAAAAGUCGUCAAAAAAUCCAGUUUUUGAAGACAGAUAUGAAACUAACCCCCAAAUAGGAACCGAUAAAAUUCUAGCUAACAGGCAUCGUGAAUUAAAAUAUUCCAGUGAAUAUUUUGAAACAUCUGAAGACCUGGAAUUUUUUCAAAGCCCUACACAUGAAAUGGCGGCUUCUCACUCAGCUAAAGGCUUAUCCAAUAAUAGAAAUUCAAAGUUAUUUCACCAUAGGCCACCUCCUGUCAAGUUAAGUGAUUUUGAUUAUAAAAAAUCAAAUAAAGUCCCACGAUAUUUGCAACAAGUUAAAAGUAAAAUCAAAAAUGAAGUAAGAAAAGAUGUUGCGCUAUAUAAUUAUAAAAGUGAGCUUAAAGGAUCACAUACUGAAAGACAAAAACCAUAUAAUAAUAAAAUGACUGUGCAGGCCAUGACUUUUUUAUAAAAAUUCUUCCACCUCGCGAUUUUAUCACUAUAAGGUUCAGUUUAUCUGGUGUGCCUUUAUGAACAAUUUCAAAUAUACUUUUCGCGUAGGUAAGGCAGAAUAGCCCAAGGAGAUAGACUCUUAGGCAGAGCACGUGCAGGAGCCAAGCAUAGAGCAAGGCUGUACAUCCUGUGUGAGGUUUCUGGCCAACUAAUGAAGUAGUUGGGAUUUAAUAUGCCUAGCUAUUUGGUGAAGCCGGUACUUGGCGGCAUUGAAAUUACUUUGGAUUGGGCCAAAGAAUGUCUAAAUCAUUCUGCUGGAGAACCUGGCACAUUAAAAACUAAAUCAUUAAGUAAGAUAGACAAAAACCAAUAGAAAAUAAAAACAAAAAACCAGAACUUCAGGAAACAUCAAAACACAUAAGAAAUGACUCAACCUUAUCAUUAAGUUUUACACAAGAAGUUAAGGAGCCUAACACAUGCUCACUUGAGCAGCUUCAAAAAUACUCGAAAUAUAUGGCUAGAGGAAAAAGCGAGCAGCGAAAAAACACAUUUGAAGAAUCAAGUACAUUAAAAAUUGCAGAUGAUUUUCUUAGAAAUCCUUUGACUGCAUAUUUAGUUAAUUCUUCACCAACAGUUCCUACUUCUCCACAAAAACCUCAUAGCUUUUCUCAUCCUUUUCUAUCACCUUAA